CCUUUCGCUGCGCCUUUUGACAUGGGCAGUAAAAAGGUGUUACGCAGUCACUGUGGUGCUUGUGCUUGUGCUUGCGCUUGGGGCUUGGGGCUUGUGUGUGAGUGAUUGAGUGAGCGGGCCAUCCGUACCGCAAAUCAACGAGGAAUUUUCGAAGCCCGUGAAGGCGACUGUGUCACGCCAGCAACCGUAUCGUAUCGAUCGGAGCUACGCCGGCCGGCCGGCCCGUGGUUGGCUGCCGCGACGACGGGCGACGACGAUGAUUAUUUUAACUAACUACGACGACGACGACGACGAGGAUGAUGAUGAUGAUGAUGAUAUGACAACGACGACGACGAGAGCAAGGCUGCAUUUUGCGAGGAUUCAGAUAUUUUCCGAGUUUCAUGAACCCCGUUGCACCUGUCAUCCUAUCCGUCGAGGCAGGCUCGCAGAAUCGAGAAUCCAGAAUCCAGAACCGCCUCGCCCGCAGCAGCAGCAGCAGCAGCAAUGCUCUUGUUUGCCCCCGUCGUCUGCACGAGGGCAGACAGCUCCAUCCGACGCGACUAGCUCCUCGUGGGUUUCUGGCUCACGGAGCAAUUACGUGACGCAGAACGCUCGAUUCCUUCCGCUACUUCCAUCGACAGAAAGCGCUCUAUCGAGCGGUGAUCGCCAUGCAUGCACUCGGCGGACUCGCGAGCUCUCCAUUGCGCUCACUGCCCUGGAUCGACGGAUGCAGCACUGCAACGCAAACGGUCUUUGCGUGGUCAGCUCGAGCACUCGGGAGCUCGUCCGUCCUCGUCGCAAACUGCAACGAUCCCAUGUCGUCCUCUCAUAGCGCUGGGGCAGAAGUUGCGCAACUUGGAACAUGGAAAACUUUGAUAGAAUUAUUAAUUUGGAUUAUUAUAUAUUUAUUUAAAUUUACAUAUUUUGAUUUAAAUAAUUAUUAUAUAUCAAAAAAUUGAAUGG